AAUAUUUUGUGGAAAACACUUCAACGUUUCAUCUUUGGUCCCAUCUCAUAACUUCUUCUUCAAGGAUACGAGCUGCGUCCAGCACCUGGAAUUAGGGUUUCGGCGGUUUCUUCACCGUCGAGAAUUCUAGAGAGUCCUGAUCAAAGUUCGAAACAGUAGACUGAGGUUCGUCUCACCAGCUUCAAUGGCGGGUUCAGAUGGGAAUGCGAGCUCACUCUCUCCCAGCAGUGUUCGUGUCGUCGUGGUCGGAGACCGUGGAACUGGAAAGUCGAGUCUGAUUGUUACAGCUGCAGCUGAAGCGUUUCCUAGCAAUGUUCCGCCUCUGUUGCCUCCCACGCGGCUGCCGGCGGACUAUUAUCCCGACCGCGUACCGCUUGUGAUUAUUGAUACUUCAUCCAGCCCGGAGAAUCGAAAUAAGCUUGCCGAAGAAUUAAAGAAGGCUGAUGCUGUGGUAUUGACUUAUGCAUGCGAUGAUCCUGCAACGCUUGACCGGCUUAGUACCUUUUGGCUGCCAGAACUUCGUCGACUAGAGGUGAAGGUGCCAGUGAUUGUGGUUGGUUGCAAGCUGGAUUUACGCGAUGAUCAACAACCUGUGAGCUUGGAACAGGUGAUGUCACCAAUCAUGCAGCAGUUUAGAGAGAUAGAGACUUGUAUAGAAUGUUCGGCACUUAACUUAAUUCAGGUCCCAGAGGUUUUCUACUAUGCUCAAAAGGCAGUUCUCCAUCCGACGGGCCCACUAUUUGAUCAAGAAACACAGACUUUGAAGCCUCGAUGUGUGAGGGCUUUGAAGCGGAUAUUUAUUCUAUGUGACCAUGACAGGGAUGGUGCUCUCAGUGAUGCAGAAUUAAAUGAUUUCCAGGUUAAAUGUUUCAAUGCUCCACUGCAGCCAUCUGAAAUAGUUGGGGUUAAGAGGGUUGUACAGGAGAAACUGCCUGAAGGGGUCAACGGUCGUGGUCUUACGUUGACAGGAUUCCUUUUCCUUCAUGCACUAUUUAUAGAAAAAGGUCGCCUUGAGACAACAUGGACUGUCUUGAGGAAAUUCGGAUACAAUAAUGAUCUUAAACUCAGGGAUGAUCUGCUUCCAGUCCCAAUCAAACGGAAUCCUGAUCAGAGUGUGGAACUGACAAAUGAAGCUAUGGAAUUCCUAAGGGGAAUCUUCUGCUUAUUCGACAUCGAUGGUGAUGGGGCCCUACGACCUGCUGAAUUAGAUGAUCUUUUUUCUACCGCACCAGAAAGUCCUUGGGGAGAAGCUCCUUAUAAAGAUUCUGCACAGAAGACUGCAUUGGAUGGUUUAUCACUGGAUGGGUUCCUGUCAUUGUGGGCCCUCAUGACCCUGCUAGACCCUGCGCGUUGUCUAUCAAAUUUGAUAUACAUUGGUUAUGCUGGUGAUCCUGCUUCCGCAAUCCGUGUGACCAGAAAAAGACGGAUAGACCGCAAGAAGCAACAAUCAGAAAGAAAUGUGUUCCAGUGCUUUGUCUUUGGACCUAAAAAUGCUGGAAAGUCCGCACUUCUGAAUUCACUUAUUGGAAGGCCCUUCUCUGAAAUUUAUACUUCGACCACAAAUGACUGCUUUGCAGUUAAUGUUGUUGAUCCCCUAGGGGGAUCUAAGAAGACACUUGUCUUGCGUGAGAUACCAGAAGAAAGAGUUAAAAAUAUGCUGUCUAAUAAAGAGUUUUUGGCAGCCUGUGACAUAGCAGUAUUUGUUCAUGACAGUUCUGAUGAAAGUUCAUGGAAGAGGGCAACCGAGUUGCUUGUGGAAGUUGCUAGUCAUGGAGAGGCUAGUGGCUUUGAGGUGCCUUGCCUCAUUGUCGCUGCCAAGGAUGAUCUUGAUCCAUAUCCAAUGGCCAUACAAGAUUCUACAAGGGUUAGUCAGGAUAUGGGAAUUGAGGCUCCUGUUCCUGUAAGUAUGAAAUUAGGAGAUUAUAAUAGUAUAUUCCGAAGGAUAAUCACUGCAGCAGAGCACCCUCAUUUGAGCAUUCCUGAAACGGAAGCUGGCAGAAACCGCAAGCAUUACCAUCGGCUUGUUAAUCGUUCUCUUAUGUUUGUUUCAGUUGGUGCAGCAGUUACUCUGGUUGGAUUGGCUGCAUACCGUGUUUAUGCUUCAAGGAAAAAUACUUCCAGUUAAAAGAAUCGAGUUUACCUGUCAAAGAUCUUCUGGGGUUGCAUUGUGUCAACCAGUAUUGUUAUCUUGCUAGCAUUGGUUUUAGAUCACUUCUCCACCUAGUUGGGAGUUCUUGAAAUGAAUGAUAAUUAUGUACAGUGCCUAUGCAAUUUUUCUUUGGUGCAGGCCUCUUUAUGUUAUUUUUGUAGCAAUUUUAAUUUGAAAAUUUCUUUUCCCCUGGCACUUAACUCGUGUCUUAAAAUUUGUUAAAAGCCUUCCAUGCAUCCUGUAAAAUAGGCCACGAUGGAGGUGGUUUUUGUGGAAC